UAAUCGGCGGUUAUUACGGUACAAAAGUUUUUCGGAGAAAAUUGUAAGGUGGGCGCUACAGCGGUCGAUACACAAAUCUCAUUCCGCGCAGCGGCGUCGACGCCGACGCGCCUCGAACGACCGAUCGACCGAAACUUCCGCGACUAAGUAACCGCGACAUGCUCACAUCUCGACAUGGGUAAUGUGCAGUGCUGCGCCAGUGACCGUCCUCGCGAAGGCAAAACCGUCAAAAAACCCAAGAACAAAAUGAAAACCAAGAAAAAGCAAAAUGACAAAAACAAGAGCAAACCAAGCGAAGGUGGUAAUAAAAGCGAAAUAAUUAAGAACCAGAUCGCAAUUGCGGACGAAAAAAGCACUCAAGCCGCGUCUGAAAACUUGCAGAGUUGCAUUGAGAAGCAACAGGUUCCUGUGGAAAACUUAAAAUCCUGCGACGGACCGAAUAUGACACAACCCAAGUCACCAAUUGAGUCGAAAAACGAGUCUCCAAAGAAUGAAAGCAUCGCAACAGCCAGGGAACGAUUUUUUGGACAGAUACCAGAAUUCGGUUUGGAUGGAAACAACACCCUGAAACACAACGGUAGUGCCAAAGACCUGGCUACCGUUAUGGAGAACCUGAAGAAGACCAGCCUCGUGUCUCGACAGAAUCAGUUGAACACACAGGUCACGAGUUCCUCAAAACAACAGAUGGUUUCCAGUGCUACAUCAAGCAGUGCUGCUAUGAGCCAACGCGUCCAAAGUUCGUCACAGCGUGCCAGUUCCAUUAAAUCUGAUCUUUCAGAGUUGAAGAGCUCCAUAUCAGAAAUGAAAACGCUUAGCAACACGGCUUCGCUCAACUUUGGACAAAGAUUACGAAGCUCAAUGGAGAAUAUCGUUGACCAAGAUGAAAUGAAGGAGAGCCACAUUCCUGAUAUACGUGAUCUGAGUGAGAUUGGUGAAAUCGGUGAUAUGGGAGACAUGACAGAUUUGGCUGGAGAAGGCCCUCUUGUUACUUUCCCUGAAUCAGACACGCCUCCACCUGAUAAGCCUUGUCUUCUCGCACCUUCUUCUGGUGCUUUGGGAUCGAGCGCAACGGCAAAUGAAUUAAAAUACAGUGCAGCUAGGAUGACAUCGGCUAGUUCGACGCGUGUUGUGACAGAUGGAUUCAGUGCAUCAAAAUCUGCUGCAAACAGUUCGAGAUCACGAAGACUGCAGCACGGCGAUGUGCAGUAUGCCGAACACAGCGCCGCCGGAGCAUCACACAGACUCCUGCAAGCUGAAGGGCUUACUGCAGAACAGAAUGCCGCUUAUCACCAAGAGAAGAGAUCGUUACAAGCUGGAGAAAUCACAGCGCAAGAAGCGAACAAUAUGUCAGCGUCAACUUCUAGAUUACAAACGGAGGCUUUUAGCGCCGAGAAAAAAGCAAUGGCUUCAUCACAGGCGCGCCAAACAGUCACCUCCAGCGGAAUGUUCAGUCACAAGGAGCAUUCGUCACACUCGAAUAUGACCAUUUCAAGUAAAAAUCUCACAACUAAAUCCAGUUUACUCUCAUCACAGAUGAGUCAACUCUUGAAUGGAACCAUCAAACCAGGAGACGAGGAUCUCACAAACCUUACAUUUGAAGACUUAGAAAAAUUAAACGCAAAUUCAAAUGAAAAAGACGUUGAUAACGCCAUACAGAAGUAUUCACACCGGAUGAAUGCAUUUAUAACAGCUAUAAAAAACAAUCAAAUCGACAUGAAAAACGCUUACGUACAUUUUAAUAAACUAAAUGAGAUGCUCAGGCGAGCGUGGGCCGUACCUACAUAUGGUCAUGAGCUAGGAUAUUCUCUUUGUAAUAUACUACGGACAUCGGGUGGCCUUGAUAUCAUUAUGGAGAAUUGUUUGGAUUCAAACAACCCAGACUUGCAAUUUUCAUCGGCGAACCUUCUUGAGCAGUGCCUGACAACGGAAAACAGAGCUCACGUAGUCGAAAAUGGCCUCGAGAAGGUCGUUAACGUCGCUUGUGUUUGUACAAAACAAGCGAACGCCGAUAAUUCAAGGAUUGGCACUGGAAUAUUGGAACACUUGUUCAAACACAGCGAAGGAACUUGCAGUGAUGUUAUUAAAUUAGGCGGCUUAGACGCUGUAUUGUUUGAGUGCAGAAAAAACGACAUAGAAACAUUGCGCCAUUGUGCUACAGCUCUAGCUAACUUGUCCCUAUACGGUGGAGCUGAAAAUCAAGAAGCUAUGAUCAAACGUAAAGUUCCAAUGUGGUUGUUCCCAUUAGCAUUUCAUAACGAUGAUAAUAUUAAGUAUUAUGCGUGCUUAGCCAUUGCUGUCUUGGUUGCUAAUAAAGAAAUCGAAGCGGCUGUUUUGAAAUCGGGUACUCUGGACUUAGUUGAGCCUUUCGUUACCUCCCACAAUCCCUCUGAAUUUGCACGCUCAAAUCUUGCCCAUGCUCAUGGACAAAGUAAAAAUUGGCUACAGAGACUCGUGCCAGUUCUAAGCUCAAAAAGGGAAGAGGCUAGGAACCUUGCUGCUUUCCACUUCUGCAUGGAGGCGGGAAUUAAGAAACAGCAAGGAAAUACAGAUAUAUUUAAAGAAAUAGGAGCUAUUGAAUCAUUGAAAAAGGUUGCCAGUUGUCCCAACGCAGUUGCAUCUAAGUACGCAGCACAGGCGUUGAGGUUGAUUGGGGAGGAAGUACCCCACAAACUGUCGCAGCAAGUCCCACUCUGGUCUAUUGAAGAUGUACGAGAAUGGGUGAAACAAAUAGGGUUUUCAGAAUACGCGAGCAAUUUCUACGAAAGUAGGGUAGAUGGAGAUUUGCUACUUCAAAUAACGGAGGACAACCUUAAAGAAGACAUUGGUCUAAAUAAUGGAAUCAAACGAAAACGAUUCACACGGGAACUUCAGCAGUUAAAGAAAAUGGCUGACUAUAGUUCACGCGAUACAGGCAAUUUGAACGAUUUCCUGCAAGGUAUUGGCGUUGAGUACACAAUUUACACGUACUCUAUGCUAAACGCUGGAGUAGAUAAGGAAUCGAUUCGAGGUCUUAGUGAUGAACAACUUGAAAGAGAAUGUCACAUUCUAAACAGCAUUCACCGGUUAAGGAUAUUGAACGCAAUAAGAGCAUACGAAAGCAGACUUCCUAUCAAAGGUGAGGAAACUCUCGAGAAGAAUUUAGACGUAUUCGUGAGUUACCGACGAUCGAACGGCUCACAGCUAGCUAGUCUGUUGAAAGUCCAUUUGCAAGUUCGAGGAUUUACAGUCUUCAUUGAUGUGGAGAAGCUUGAAGCGGGCAAAUUUGAUAACAACUUGUUACAGAGCAUUAAACAAGCGAAGCAUUUCUUGCUGGUUCUAACACCAAAUGCUUUGGAUCGGUGUAAAGAUGAUACGGAGCAAAAGGACUGGAUACAUCGGGAAAUAGUAGCGGCGUUAAAUUCCCAGUGUAAUAUCGUGCCUAUAAUCGAUAACUUCGAAUGGCCAGACCCUGAAGAACUGCCGGAAGAUAUGCGGACUGUGUGUCAUUUCAACGGCGUGCGAUGGAUCCAUGACUAUCAAGACGCCUGCGUUGAGAAGCUAGAAAGUUUCCUUCGCGGCAAGUCAAAUCUGGCGAAUCGGUUGGAAAACUCGCUCAGACGUGACGGCCAGACUCCGGGCACUGCAACAAUUGGCAGGGGACCUCCAAACUAUCAACGUAUGCAGUCCACGGAGAGUAGAGGCAGCGAUAAGGCAGAUUGACUAGAAUCCCUACACAACUUGCCACCAAUUAGACCAAAAAGAAGCCGUCAAGCAUCACUUGAAAAAGCAUCACGGAGUGGUAUCCUGUCAACGGAAUUUAAGCGACCCUCCCAAUCUUGUGAUAUCCCUGACAGACUGUCUGAGAGUACUGACUCACAACUAAACGAUUCGCGCCGAUGCAAGAGUUGUGAAGGUAUACUAGAAGACACGCCAAAUGUGCUCUUAUCCUCGCCCCCAGUGGAAGCUGCGACGCAAACCAAGAGAAAAAAGAACUUCAUGGACCGUUGUGUCAAUAAAGUGAGACUCUGUUGACCCGGACUCAAGUGGCACGAGUUGUGUUGUAAUUAUCGUAUGGACUAAAGUGUUGUAAAGUACAAACUGUCGUAAUUCUGUAAAUAUUAUGUGUAUUCAAACUAAUUUAAACGUAAAUAAGUAUAACAGUUAAUUGGUACCCCUAAAACCUGUAAUCUCAAUGAGUGUAUGAAAAUUAAAUGAAUAAUAAACCCUCAUGUCUUCUACCCUGUAAUGUUAUAAGAACAUCUCACGUGGUGGUAAGAAUUAUAAAUGUUUGCUAUUCGUUGUAGUAUGGCAAAUUACAUUUUCAACUUUGAUUUACAAUUUUUAUACCUACCUAUCUCUCUUUUCACUCUCUAUUUUAGAAUUUAAAUCCUAAUUAUGAAUUUAUUUAAAUCUUUAGCUUCUUGCCAGUAUUUGUAAAAAUGAGUAAAGUUUUGAUAGAGUUUAAUUAAGCGACUACCAUUCGAAUGAAUUCUUAGUUUAACUCGAAAUAUUAUUUAACAUAUUUUAAGGAAAAUUAUAUGUUGUUAACAAAUUGUAUAUAAUGAUGAUCAACCGAAUGAAAAGCAAUCACAUGAGUUAAAUGUAUUUUAAUAUUAUACAAGUGUACAUUUUAUGUCUUUUAUAGUAAUUACAUGAAAUAAAUAGUGCUAUAUGAAAA